UUUUUUUAAUUGUCUAAAGAUGAUGACAGGCGAUGCUCAAGAUAUUCUCGGGGCAACUUCUAUGUCAAGAAGACAACAAUCCUCAACACUACCUAAUUUAAAUUUAACAAAUGUUGACAAAAAGACAAUUAAAAAAUCUGAUCAAAUCAAAAGACCUGCGGGUAUGCAUCGAGAAUUGUUUAAUUUAUUUGUUCAUCAGGGAAAAGAUAAUAAUAAGGAAAAAAUCGAAUCUUUAGCACCAACAAAUACAAAACAUGGUUAUUCUGUUGUCAAAGCAGAUUUUGGUAAACGUAUUGUUCGUAAAUGGAUGUGGAAACCUUUUUUGAAUGAUGCUAGAGAAGAUGGAUUACAACUUUCUCAUUGGGAGAGAGAAGACUUGAUUGGACAACCAUAUCAAUUUGCUCGUUUUAAUAAACAAUUAGAUCUAGUUACAUUUACUGAUGUGGAAUAUGAUGAAUAUUUGGAUGAUGAACGCUGGAAUAAAGAAGAGACAAUUCAUUUACUCGAUUUAUGCCACAGAUUUGACCUUCGUGUUGAAGACAUGAAGGAACGUUAUUAUGGAAUUGUUAAUGAAUUAAAUGUUGCUAGAAAUACACAAUCUGAACCUUUAGCAUAUGAUGCUGAACAUGAGAGGAGAAGAAAGGAACAAUUGGUUAAAUUGUGGAACAGAACAGAAGAACAGGCAAUUAAAGAGGAAGAAGAACUUAAAGAAGCUGUGAGAAAAAUAGAAGCAAAACGUAAAGAGCGUGAAAAGAAAGCCCACGAUUUACAACGUUUAAUUAAUGCAACCGCUGAGAGAAUUUCCGUUUCUCCUGACAGGUUUUUUUGA